AUGAAACGGCACGUGUGCGCUGAUGAAGGUGCCCGGCCUGGUGAGCCGCUGCGAGCUGAAGGAAAGGAAGAUGACGCCAGGAUGGUGGGGGACGUGGAUGUCGCAUCUGGAGCCCGGGAACGUCGGUUCAUUAGGGUGGGGGUCGGCCUACGCUCUCCUGGAACACUCAGGACCCUCACGUCCACCGUGAACGGGUUAGCUGGACGGGUUAGCGCCCGACCGCAGGCGCUGCCUCCUGUCCACGAACUCCCCGGAAGCGCCCUACUUAAACUCGGGGUAGACUGCCCUGGACGCGCAGGAGGACAGUGCUGCUCCGCCAGGUGCGGUGGCUUCCGCGGAGACUCAGAGCAGACAUCCCGACGGAAGGCUGAUGUGAGGCAGCCGCGUGCCCGGGGGAGGCUCAGCGCCCUGACCCCCCUUGUGCCCGGCCCUCGGCUCGGCCGUGGGUGGGGACCCUCCGCGGAGCUGCGCCCCACGAGCUGGCUCAGCGUUCCGGAAGCUGCCGCCCUGUGCCGCCUGUCGCCAGCCGACGUGUCUGUCCAGCCACGGAAGAGCGCUGCAGACCCUCGGGGCCCCCAUGGGGUUUGUGGGGCGAGGACCACCCGCCGGGCCCUCGGGCUGGCUCCAGGGCUGCCCUUGCGGCAAGGCGACCACGUCGCGGCGGCCCUCCUGAUCGCGUCCUCAGCCACCAAGUGGUGCGCUCGCCGCUCCCGAGGGCCCGCGGAAGGCUGCGCUCCCAGCCCCGAGCUCGGCGGGCGUGCCAGGGGCUUCCCUCAGGUGGAGGCAGCUGCCGUCUUCUCCCGCAUCGCCGCAGCCACCGUGGAGUCCAGGGCCUGGGGUGGGCGGCGUGUCCUCACUGUCCCCCCACCAGGCCCGGGUGCUCCCUCGGGGCCUUCUUGCCCCCCGGCCGUGUGGAUGAUGUCACCAUGCCCGGCAGCCUCCGGGGCCCCUGCACCGUCCAUCCUGAGGGCUCACGCCCUCAGACUCUCCUCCCCACCAUCACUGCUUGAAGCCGGGAGCCGGAGGCCGAGGCGGCCGCGGGGCGGCGGCUCCGGACCUUGCGGUGGUUCCUGCGGCGGCGCGGCAGGGGCGGGCCGGCCCCCUUCACAGGCGCGUCUCGGGGCCCCGGGCCUGCUCCACGGGCAGACGCACUUCCCCAGGGCUCCUGGAGGAGGCGCUAGUGAGACGGCCCCAAGGGAAUCUACCGCUGGGAAGCCCGGGAGCCAGAUGCUUGCCCACAAACGGAGGUGGGCACUGCAGACGGCGGACCCCGAGAGCCUCGGCGAAGCUCCCGGAAGCGGCCUCCGGGAUGGAAAAGCAAGAGGAAAGGGAGUGGAGAGGACCCGCCGCCGGUUUCCAUCCGCAGGGUUGCCGACGUUCUCGGGAGCCCUUCCCAGGCUCUGUCCUCACGGCCGUCACCGCCUGGCCCCGGGCGUUCCCCUGCGUGCGCGGGCCGGCGGACUUUGCAGAUACGGGCCUCCUGGUCGAGGAGUCUCCACGGAGCUCCACCCGCCAGCGGCCUUCCCCCGUCUCCCCCUGGGCCCCCGGCCCCCGGAAUCACAGAGACGACCCUCAUCAUCCCCACCCCAGGAACCAGGCCGUGAGCGCUGGCUCUGCUUGGCCCUGUGUCCUGCGUUCCCCAUCCUGGGCCAGAGCGGCAGCACACUGGGGUUCCAGCACAAGAGACCCCGAGGGCUGUCGGUCCACUCAGACCUCCCAGAGCAGGGCGCAGCAGAGGGUCUGCGGUCCACCUGCUGGGAGGCGCCCGCUCGCUGCCGGGUCCGUGAGGCCGCAGUGUCCUGCCAGUGGCGGACAGUGGGCAGGAGGGCAGGUGUGAGUGCAGGGGUGGCGGUACUCCCCCGGCCUGUCCAGGAUCAAGGCCGCCAAGAGGAGGGAAGCACCAGUGUGGACAGAGCAGGGGCAUCCUCGCCCAGAGGGGCCAGCGGGGGUCUCCUCCGAGAGGAGCAGCCGGCUUCCAUGGCUGCAUUUGCAGCGAUCGCAGAGGGCACCCCACCCUUGAGUCUUCUGAGGGCCCCGCGUGAGAAAGCAGCUCAGCGUUUCGGGAGACGCAGGAACCGAGGUGGCCCGAGCAUUUCUGCCAAGAGCCCAGGCCCGCCAGGCCACCAGCUGGCCCACGUGGUGGCCUCCGCGUUCCAGGAGGCUCAGCUCAGCAGUGGACACAGGGCUCAGCUCCACGGACGGGAAGGCUCCCUCUUGACUAUCUUGCCUGCCUUGUUUGGGGAGCAGGGCUUCUGCUCUUGCCUUGGGUUUGUUUUGAAGAUGAAUAUAGAAAGAAGGAGAAAGCAGAGCCCCGACAGGACCCGGGCGGGUGCACACAGGCACGGCCUGGAGCUACCCGUGGGCUCCACCAUGACGGCCGUGGGCUCCACCAUCACGGCCACGGCCGUCGCCACCGUCGCGUCGUCAGUGCUGGGCACCUCCUCUCUGUCAGAGCAGCCGGUUCCCAAGCCUGGGACGUGGCUCCUGGUACCUUGCUUUUAUGGGGGAAAACCAAAGCUCAGAAUCUUCAACUAA